AUGUCCGCCACCAUGGCCAACGACGAUAUGUUCUCCACGACCAUCUCUAUGUAUCGGGACUAUUUCAUGGAUCAGCACUCCCAUCUCUCGGAGUCGGAACGCAAUCAGCUGUGGAGCCAACGUUUGAGCUCCUUCAUCCCGACGACGGCCUCGUCGUCCAGCUAUCGCCCGGUUCCCGGCUCGGACUUCCUCGACCUUGACGCCUCGCCAUGCGAGAAAUCUGGGAAACGGACCCGCCAGGAAACCCCCCGGACUCUCCCGGUCUCUGGUCCUCCGCCAACAAAACGACGAGUCACCACUCCGGAACCCCCAGUGACCGUUGACCUGACCCGUGACCUAUCGCACUCGUCUUCCCCGGCCGCCCCCCAGAUCACCCGAAAGGUAUCUCGAUCGGCGUCGCGCAAGGAAGGCGUCGCGUCUUCUAUGGGUCUCGGCUCCACCUCCCGGCACAACAUUUCUAUGGUCCGCUCGCAGAGCCAACAGACCCCGGUGUCCCACCAACAUGCCGCCGUCGCCGCCAUGAUGGGCCAGCGACAGUUCGUGGGAUCCCAGCGGCCCCAACGUCGCCUGGACCAUGUGAACGAGUACUCCCCGUCCGAAUAUGCUCGGCGCUAUCUGGACGGACCCCAGAGUCAGGCGGGCAUCUCGGCGCUGUCCAUGACGCUCGCCGCGGACCCCACGGUGACUGGACUCCAGCAACCCCAUCCGCAGCCGGAUCCGCAGCAUCUGGGGACCGGAUCUGAGCUGCUGACCGACUUGUCCGGCCUAGGUUCUACCUCGAUGGGCGAUCUCGCGGUCCCUCCGGCCUCGAGCGCCAUCGCGAUGAGCCGAAGCCCGACCACGGACUCGUUGUGUGGUGGCAUGGGCAUGAUGAGGUGCGACUCGUCCGGUCCCAGUGUGGGAUCUGGCUUCCCCUUCCCCUGUGCCUCCGAUUUCUCCUCCACUACCCCCCCCGUGAACGUUCCCUUCAUCAACCCGUUCACAACACAGCCCUGUGGCUCGCAGGCUGCGUUCCCCUACCACGAACCCUCCCCCCUGUCUCAGUUCUCGUGCUCUGCCCCUCCCACCACAUCCUUCCCACCCUCCAUGCCUGCAGUUCUCUCGUCCCCGGCGCCGGAAAUGAAGCACUCCAUGUCCACGGAGAGUGACAGUUCAUGUCUGUCACAGCCCUCUCGGGCGGCACGGCGGACGCAGGAGCAGAUCGCACAGGGCACACGCCCCAUCGCCCCAAAGAUGGAGGCGCAGCACAGCUCCCCGCCGAAGACGGGCGAACAGCACAAAAUGAUUCGCAUCUCGUCCACGGACGGGAUACCGAAAGAAGUGGCUGCCAUCCCCAAGGCCUCCGUCCAGCGGCCUCCGCGCCCCAAGACCUACUGCGAUCUGUGCAAUGACCAGCCCGAUGGCUUCCAUGGGGAGCACGAGCUGCGCCGACACAUCGAACGGGUGCACGCCGUGAUCCGGAAAGUUUGGGUGUGCGUCGACAUCUCCCCGGGCAAGACCUUCCUCGCCAACUGCAAGGCGUGUCGGAACGGGAAGCGGUACGGCGCCAACUACAACGCUGCCGCUCAUCUGCGUCGCACCCAUUUCAACCCGUGCCAGCGCGGCCGGGGUGGUCGGGGCAAAGACAGCGAGAAGCGGGGCGGCAAGGGCGGUGGAAACCACCCGCCCAUGGACGUCCUCAAGCACUGGAUGGUCCAGAAGGAGGAGAUCGUGCUCGAAAAUGCGCAAAGCUACAUGGACCAAGACCUGGCCGGGGACGACCUGGCCGUCGCUCCGUCCACCGAGGUGGAGGAGUCCUUUGGCAGCGUUUCGACGUCUCAAUCGACCGAUCCGGGCCUCGCCCUUCCCCAGCUGGAUCAGUCUGCUCUGAUGAGCGACUACGAGGCCUUUUCGACAGGCUUCCCCAUGAUGCCCAUAGACUCGGCGUCCCUCGAUGUCCCGUGCUACUUUGACUCGCACGCGCUCCCCCCUGCGAUCGAUUCGUAUGUGUGA